AUAUAACAACACAUUAUUUGAAAUUUUAUUAAGUGAAUUUUUAUCACGAAGAUGAAUAGUUUGGUGCUUUGUGUAGUAACAUUGGCGACUUUAAGUAACUAUGUGCAAUGUCCUUCUAGUUUCAAAAAAUGCGAUAAGAGACGAAGUGAUUUCAACCAGUGUUUAAGUGAGGUUAUUUAUAAUAGUCUUAAAAAAUUCGACAAACCCCAACAAUCGCAUGGUUUACCAAAUUUGUAUCAUCUUAAAUUUCCACCAGAUGUGGUUAUUGAAAUAGGGAAUCGUACGUAUGGAUUAUUACAAAAGUAUAACAAAUUCAGAAUUGUUGGUAUUACUAAACCCGAGAGUGUAACAGCUAGGUUAGAUUUUGAGCCUGUCAUUAGUACCUUAACAGUUGAAGCUUUUUUCCCACAACUGAUAUUACAGAUGGAAUGCGAAGCUCAAGGUACUAUUCUUUUUUUACCUUUAAAUGUUGUGACCCCUGUGGAUUUUAUAGCAGAAAAUCCAACCUUUACGUUGACAAUUAAACUCGAAGAAUAUGAUAAAGGUGAUACCCAUGUUAGAGUGAUCGACUCUAAUUUAGAUGUACAGACGGAGGCCUUCAGGUUUGAUUUUAAUAAAUUAUUCUCCAACAAACGUCUUAACGAUGAAUUUAAUUCCGCGAUGAACGAAAAGGGAUUACAGAUUUUCCACAUUCACAAACCUCUGCAAGCCCAUUUUGCGCCACACUUUGAUUCUCUGUUUAGUAGUUUUAUGGAGAAGGUACCCGCUGCUGCACUUUUUGUUGAAUAGAGAUAUCCAUAAUUGGUUAAAUUCUUUAUAUUCAUCACAAAAAUUAUCAUAAUCAAUAUUUAUGUAUAUUCCUGACCUAACCUUUAAAUAAAUUAAACAUUAAUUGGUGAUUAACCUGUCUUUAUUGUUGUAGACAAGAUUUACGUAACAAACCUAUUUUAGUAUAAUUUCCGUUUUAAUUACCUUGGACAAAACAGGUUUUCAAUUGUUGUUCAAUUUUUUGUUGUCGUUUUCGUCUAUAUAACCACAGAAAGCUCGAAAUUGUGUUAAGUGAAAUGCGACAAGAGACGAGACGAUUUCAAUGAAUAUUUAAGUGAUGUUUUCUAAUACGACAGUCUUAAAGUUCUGGACAAACCUUUGCCUGGUUUUCCAAGUUUGCGUUUUGUUGAACCAGACGCUGUGAUGGAAAUAGGGAAUCGCACGUAUGGAUUAUGGAAAAAGUAUUUUAAAUUUAGGGUGACUGGUCUUCCUAAUCCUCAAAGUAUAAAAACCAGGUUUUGUUUUAGGGUUGUUUUAGUACUUUUAUUUGACAACUUAUAAAUAGGUUAGAUUUUGGGUAAUUAGUACGUUAACAAUAGAGCUUUCUUAAUCUGAGCUUACGUGGGAAUAUGAGCUUGAAACUCAAUCGCUUGAACUUUUUAACAUUUACAAGUGGUGUUUACACCACAUUUUGGUUCUGUUUUCGACAGCUUCCUGAACAAGGAACCAGUUGCCGAACUUUCUGACCAAUAGAAAUAUUUGCUUUAUAAUUUGUUAACAAUAAAAUAUAUAGAAAUUAUUGGACUGGUGUUAAAUAAGCAUACCAAUAUUACGGAUGGUUCUUCCACUAAGCUCCAGACCUUAAUAAAUCAUUUCAUUGGCCGGAAUUGGGCCGGAUUUACAAUUGUACCUCAUUGUGGCUAUUUUAUAUGAUUUUUAAAUAUUUCGAUGUGAAUGGUGAUGGAAAAGUCCCGUUUUGAUUAAAGUCAAAGUUUUAUAGAAAAAGGCAAGCCGUAAAUUAUACUAUUUGUCAAUAUAAAAUCUCACUUUCGUCUCAGA